UUUGGAUUAUAUGUGGACGAGAUGAAGUUUUUGGCGGAUUUAUGUUUGGACUUGAGGUGCACUGGGGCCCUGCAGGUUAUUUCAAUGAAUUCUUGUGAUUUUUUUUGAAUGCAUUGUGUAAUUGUCUUAAUUUUCUUAAAAGCGCACACUUAUGGAGAACCUCACCAUGGGUAACGUGACUGUGGAGAAUGACACGUCGGUGCAGGUCAAUCACACCCUGGGUGUUUGGACUGACUACACGGUUGAAUACAAAGUGGUCAGCGUGCUUUUAGUGUCCCUGAUAUGCGGGCUGGGGAUUGUGGGGAAUGUGAUGGUCAUCCUGGUGGUCCUGACCACUAAACACAUGCGGACUCCCACUAACUGUUACCUGGUGAGUCUGGCCGCGGCUGACCUGAUGGUCCUUACAGCUGCCGGGCUGCCCAACAUCACCGACGCCCUGUACGGACAGUGGGUGUACGGUUACGCGGGCUGCCUGGGGAUCACUUAUUUCCAGUAUCUCGGAAUAAACGCGUCCUCCUGCUCCAUCACCGCCUUCACCGUGGAGCGCUACAUCGCCAUCUGCCACCCUAUCAAAGCGCAAUUCCUGUGCACUUUAUCCAGGGCGAAGAAAAUCAUCAUGCUGGUCUGGGCGCUCACCUCCGUUUACUGCGUCAUGUGGCUGUUUCUGUCAGACACGGAAAAGUUGGUGUAUGACAACGUGGUUCUGCUCAGCUGCGCCUACAAGGUGUCCAGGAGUAACUACCUGCCCAUUUACUUCACCGAUUUCGCGGUGUUUUACGUGCUGCCUCUCAUGCUGGCCACGGUGCUGUACGGACUGAUCGCCCGGAUACUUUUCCUCAACCCGCUGCCCUCAGAUCCCAAAGACACAACCAAAAAGUGGAAGAAGGAGACGAGUCAGGGAGGGAGGAUGUUCAGCACCUGCUCCUCCAGCAGCGCAACGGCUGCCUCCCGCAGACAGGUGACAAAGAUGCUGGCCGUGGUAGUGGUCCUCUUCGCCUUACUCUGGAUGCCCUACCGGACCUUAGUGGUGGUCAACUCCUUCCUGGAGAAGUCCUAUCUGGACACCUGGUUCCUGCUCUUCUGCCGUCUCUGCAUCUACCUAAACAGUGCCAUCAACCCGGUUAUCUACAACGCCAUGUCCCAGAAGUUCCGUGCUGCUUUUAAGAAAUUGUGUCACUGCGGCCCUCAGCGUAUGGAGAAACCAGCGUCUUACAGUGUGGCGCUAACCUACAGUGUCAUCAAGGAGACAUCCAAUGGGGAAAGUCCUGACCACUUCACUACAGAAAUGGAUGAGCUAAACACACCGACAGAUCAGUAUUUGCCCGCCAGUAUCUUGCCAAGUGCCAAGAAGAUGCCAUUUGCAGCGCCUUCCCUUUCAGGGAGUGAAGUCAAAGCCUGAAUAAAAACAAACCUCCCACCUAACGUGGAUAACAGCGAUUUUGACAGCAGUGGUAUGGAUUCAGUCACCCAUGCGACAGUUUCAUAAAGUUUUAAUUAAAAUUACCCUCAUACUUCU